UACUCGCUGCUCAUCUACAUCUUCUACAGCCUCUUCCGCAGGGAUGGUGGGGCCGCGGCGGCCGCGGGCGCGGGGGAUUCCACCCAGAGUGCCCGCUGCCCUACGAAAGGCCGUCGCCGCCCAGGCCAGCCCAUGCCGCACCUGUGGACGGAGCUGACCGGCCUGGCCGGUGGCUCCGAGUCGGAGGAUGGGCUGGCAGGGGCCGCCGAGGGCCGCCGGGGUGAGAUCUCCCUGGAAGAGGCUCUCAUGCGCCUUGCCGAGUUCCUCUCCGUCCACCUGGGGGCGGACGAGAGCUGCGGUAACCCUCCCGACACCGGCAAGCCCAUUGAGGCCCCCCCGCUGUUGACAGUGACCAGCCAGCUCUUGGCUCUUCUGGCAUGGAUUCGGAGCCCCAGGGGAAGGCAAGGCCUGCUCCAAGGGACUCAGCCAGCCUCGGGGGUGCAGCCGUCUACUCCGGAUGGACCUCUGUCCCAAGAAGAAAGCCCUUCCCACCCCGGCCCAGCCCUGGGGGAGGCCCCCAGGGAUGAGGCCCGGGGGCAGCAGCCUCCGCAGUUGGAGGAGCAGAGGGCCUGGCAUCGGCUGGAGCAGCUCAUCCUGGGACAGUUGGAAGAGCUGAAGCUACAGCUGGGACAGCAGGAAGAGGAACUGGGCCGGCUGCGCCUGGGCGUGGGGGCGACAGACUCGGAGAAGAGGGUGCAGCACCUCACUUUGGAGAAUGAAGCCCUGAAACAGAGCCUGAGCCUGAUGCAGGACCUCCUACUGCGCUGGGGGCCCAGCCCUCCCUCCAGGGACCGCCAGGGAGAAGCUGAAACUCUGUUGGAACUCCAGAGCCGGCUUCAGGAGGCCCAGGACACCACGGAAGCCCUGCGAGCCCAGUUGGGGGUCCAGGAGGCACAACUGCAGGGUCUCCAGGGGGCCCUCCGGCAGCUCCAGCAGGAGACACAGCAGAACUGCAGGCAGGCGUUGCAGCAGAUGCACAAGCAGCUUGCAGGGCUCCGGGCACGUAUGGCCAGCUUGCGUCAAGGCUGUGGCGACCUCCGAGGGCUGGUCAGCACCUUCACCCAGAGCUGCCAGGGCUCACUGAGAGAGGCCCGCGGCCAGGUAUCCUGGGUCCUGGGGGCACUGUCAGCCGAAUGUGAAAGCACUGGUUCCCAGGUCCCCGAGGAGCAGCAGGGGCCACCAGUGGGGUACCCAGGGCGGUUGCUGGAGCUCAAGGGCAAUAUUCGGGUGCUAUGCCGGCUGAGGCCAGGGACGCCCUGUGGCCUGGUGAGCACAGAGCCUGGCCCCGGCGGGAUCGUCACCACCUGCUAUCGAGGGCGCCAGCGCCGGUUCCGCCUGGACUGGGUCUUCCCUCCCGACGCCAGCCAGGAGGAGGUCUUCCGGGAGCUCCAACCGGCCGUGUUGUCCUGCCUCCGUGGCUACAGUGUCUGCAUUGUCACCUACGGUCAGACGGGGACAGGCAAGACCUACAGCAUGGAGGGCCCGCCCGAGGACCCCGGCAUAGCUCCCAGGGCGCUGCAGUCCCUGUUCCGGGAGAUGGGGGCCGGAGGGCAGCAUCGAGUGACCCUCAGCAUGGUGGAAAUCUACAAUGAGGCUGUCAGGGACCUCCUGGCCCCAGGGCCUCCUGAGCGCCUGGCCGUGAGACAGGGCCCAGCAGGCCAGGGAGAAAUUCAGGUGGCUGGCCUCACCCACUGGGACAUACCCAACCUGGAGACACUGCAGCAGAUGCUGAGUCUAGGAAGGAGCAACAGGGCCACGGCGGCCACAGCCAUGAACCGGCACAGCUCCCGCUCCCACGCCCUGGUGACGCUGACGCUGCACGCCGCGUCCCCACCGUUGGGUCGGGGCACCACAGGCACGCUGCACCUGGUGGACCUGGCUGGAUCCGAGCGCGCCUGGAAGGCGGGGGCGGCCGGCGCAGCCCCAGGAGACAAAGACCGCGCUCAGCGGCUGCGGGAGGCCCGGACCAUCAACCGCUCGCUGCUGGCGCUCGGAGGCGUCAUGGCCGCACUGCGCGCCCGCCGGCCCCACGUGCCCUUCCGCGACUCGCAGCUCACCCGCCUGCUGCAGCCGGCGCUCGGACCUGGCGCCACCGCCGUACUGCUGCUGCAGAUCUCCACGCGGCCUGGGGACCUCGGGGAGACCGUCUGUUCGCUCAAAUUCGCGGAGCGGGUGGGCCAAGUGGAGCUGGGGCCAGCGCGGCGCCGCAGAGCCAGGCGCUCCGGGACGCCCUCCUCCCUCAGCACCGACACCCAGCUCACCGAGACCCCCUGCACUCCCACGCUGUCCCCGGGCAGCCCUCCAAGCCCCCGCGCUGACAGCGGCUCUGGCUCGGCCCCCGGGCUCCCAGAGGUUCAGCCCCCAUAA